AUGUAAGAGUUGGAUUUCUUGAGGGUACAGAGGGAAAGUCAGAAAUUUUUGGAGAUCGAUAAUAUCUUCAACAGAUUGGCAUCUAAUUUCGUGGAAAAAAUAUUCGCUUUAUUCAAGGAGAUUUUCCAAUAGGAACACACAUACACUAUCUAAGAAUUGUUGAAAUUGGCAAUAUAAAAAGAGAUUCCCUUAAAGGAUUUUAAAUUAGCAGAACAUUACAAAUUGAAUUCAAAUAUUUUUAAAGCCAAUUUGUAAAUGAUCGUCAAUGUAAUAAUCGAUGACAUUUGGAGUGCAUACAACAAAUAAAUUGUACUUGAUGAAAAGAGCAUAGCAGAACCCAGACAACUCACUCAAAUUGACGAAGAAUCAGCAAUUGAACAAUGUCAAAGUUUGAGUGAGACCUCUAUAAUCAAAGACAAAAAGGAUGUAGAAAUCCAAAAGCAAGUGCAUUCUGCAAGGUCUCCACUUGCCAAAUUGUUAGCUGGGGACAAAUCUCCUCAAUUUAUAUCAAUUGCCAGUUCUCCUCGACAUUCUCGUGACAACAGUUAGAAUACGCUUAUAAAAUAACAAAAAUUAGUUAUUCAGAACUCGAAAAAGAAAAAUUCAUCGUUAAUUAAGAAUAAUAGCAUGGAUCUUAAAAAUUUGGUAGCUGAAGGAAUUCUAUAACCAAGAUCAACAAAUCGAUCGUAGUUAAGCAUAAGUAAUUUGCAUCUGUUGAUGUAAAAGAUGCAAGGACAGAAAGAGAAUUUAAAAUGA